AGACGUGUGCGUGCGGGCAGUGAUGGCGGGCGCCGUGGAGCCGUAUCUGGACUCGCUCCGGCGGGAGCUGCAGUCGCCUGGCCCUGCCUCUCUCUCUGUCCUUCUGGCGUUGCUCGUCGUCGCCCUCACGUUCCUGCUCUGGAGGCUCGCGCAGGGCGCAAGGAGCACCCGCAGGGCCGUGCUGCUGCUGGGCCUCUGCGACGCGGGGAAGACGCUGCUGUUCGCCCGGCUGUUGACGGGCAGAUACCGAGAUACGCAGACCUCCAUAACCGACAGCUCUGCCGUUUACAGAGUGAGCAACGACAAGGGCACUAAUGUGACUUUAAUCGACCUCCCAGGCCACGAAAGCUUACGGCUUCAGUUUUUGGAGAGGUUCAAGGCUGCAGCCAGGGCCAUUGUGUUUGUGGUGGACAGCGUAGCCUUCCAGCGGGAGGUGAAGGAUGUGGCUGAGUUCCUGUACCAGGUCCUGGUUGACAGCACUGUUCUCAAAAAUGCACCCGCACUGCUGAUCGCUUGCAAUAAACAAGAUGUCACAAUGGCAAAAUCUGCAAAACUUAUUCAACAGCAGCUGGAGAAAGAGCUUAACACCUUACGAGUGACCCGCUCUGCAGCCCCCACCAGUCUGGAUGCAUCAGCCACUGGGGGCCCUGCUCAGCUGGGGAAGAAGGGCAAAGACUUUGACUUCUCUCAGCUGCCCAUGAAGGUGGAGUUUGUGGAGUGCAGUGCUCGUGGCAGCAAGGGAGAGGAGGGAGAUGCUGACUUUGAGGACCUUGAGAAAUGGCUGGCCAAGAUUGCCUGAACAGAGAAGGGCAGUGUGAGAGGGAGAGACCUGAGGAGGUGGGGGGACACAUCUGGGGAGUGAAAGAAAAUAGAUGGUUUGAAGUACUCGGAUCUUACCAAAGGAGAAGCUGAAAGCUGGAAAAGCAUUGCAUUGUCUUCCUCUGCUUGGGAGCAUAUAACGUUUACCGGUGUGAUUUCUUCUGUCUCUGUCACAGGACCACCUUUUCUUCCUCUCUCCUCUACUUUUUUUCCUGUGUUGCUGACCCAAUAGGCUUCUGUGUUUCCCUGAAAUCUUUUGCAUUUUCAUUGUCCAGCUGCCAGUCAACUUAGGAAGGAAUGCACUGCCAGGUGAGUCUAGAAACUGUAGCCUGUCCUUUUUUGCUUUGCUUUGGCAUUGCAUUGCUGUUUCUUCAUGGAGAUCACCUCCCAAUUCUGACUUCUUUUUGCAGCCUCUAGCUGCUUGGGAAUGCUGCCCUGGCAAAGUGCACAGAUUCUCUCCAUUGGUCAGUCGUUGGGGUGAAUGUAAAAAGCUGUUAUCCUUUUGUCUUCUUAUCUCCUUAUUCUUCCAGACUGGUGUAGUCCCGUUUUUGUGGAACUUGAGGGACUUGUUAAAUUUCAAAGGCAAGCUGGUUGGUCUGUCCCUGUCACUGUGCAGUGCUUGUGUCUGGCUGUGGUGCCUAUAUCUCUGGUUGAUUCCUUGUGCUGGACAGUUCUUGGGAGUUUUUCUUUCUGUCAGGGCUAUGUCUUGAAAGCUUGUUUUACCCUGUUCCUCUUCCUGUACUUAAGGCUCUUCUCCAACAGGCUGUGUAAGCACACUCUGUGAAUGACAGUUACAGAAUGGUCCUAGCUUGAACCAAUGAAAGUGGCAUAUUUUUGGAUUCAUAUGUAUGUUAGGAGUUAGAUCUGUUGUGCCAGACACUUGCUGUUCUGUCUCCCAUCUGCCUCCUCCCCAGUGUUUACAAUAAAGAGACCUUUUUGUGUUUUUCAUCAUAGCAAUUGCAGCAAAAUGAAGAGAGGAAGGUGAGCUGAUAGCACAUUAGUGUGAGCAUGAUUCUUCCUUAUGAGGAAGAUGCUCAGUGGAGAACAUGCGAGCUUUUCCCAGUGUUUGUUUGUGGUGGUUGAAGCCAAAGCUGCUGCUGUGUCUGAUCUCAUCAGUUAAUCUUCAGGGAAUGCCUAUUGCUGUAGCUCUUGGAGAGGCUCAGCUGGCUGCUCUGAGGCUUGUUGAGACAGUAGUGGGGUCUGAUUCAGUAUACCUUAGACCUGAACUUUCCAAAGGACCUUUGCUUUCCUUUUUCUUUGCUGUAGCCAGGAACAUCGGUUGUGUAAAGUGAGAACUUGCAGUAGCAUCUGCACUGGUCAGGUGGGAGAUGAGACCCUGUGCUUCAGUUUUUUCCUUUCAGAACAACAUCCUUAAGACACGUGGCAGUUGCCCUGCCCAGCAGCGUGAUGCUCUGGUGGGAUGGAUGCUGGCUCCACACAGCAUUUCUGUGAGGAGGAUUAUUCACCAGGAUUCAGUGCUGGGAACUGCAAGGUCCUACUGCAUUGAAGGUUUUUCCCUCUAGUUUUAUUGUUUUCUGUUUAGUUCUAGGCAAGGAGCAAGUUUAUGGCUCCUAGUGGACCUUUUCUGUCCUUUGUGGGUUUCUGUCUGGUUUAGUGCAUGCUUAAUGGCUCAUCUGAUCUGUUAUGUUCUUUCUGUGCAUCCUUGGACUCCUUGUCAUAUUGCCAAAUGUUAGUAGUGAUGGGAGGAACAAAAACAGGCUUCAGCCAAGACCUGUGCUCACAGUGGAGCUCUAAAGAAAAGCUGGGAGCUGUGCUGUCCCACAGAGGAGGGGGGAAGGAUUAUAUUUAGGGAGUGUGUUACAUUUUUGGAAUUUGCUGCAGCCAAAGCAUUGCUGAAGUGUGUUUAUUGUGCUUGAACUCCCUUUGCUGGAGAAUAUUGCUUUUUGCUUGAGUGGUAGUUCUGCUUGCUAAGACCUACCUCCUUCAAAAGCAGAGAGUGAACAUUGCCCUCUGGUGGGAUAAAGUAGCAUAAGGCCCUGUUUGGUUUUAAGUUAUUCUUUUUGAAAAAUAUUUCUGUAAUAAAGCAUUUGAAUAAAUGUUUCUUUUCAA